CACUGCCCCGCCCCAAGACUUGAGCGAACGAAAGAACGUUGCUUUACGAAAAGGACGGUGAUGGAAAACUCCACAGAGGAGCUGCAAGAAGGGGGAGGAGUCAAAACUGAGAUAAUUGAAGAGGAGGAGGAGCAAGCAGAGGAGAAAACACACAAUAACCUCAAAGGAGCGAUCAACGGAAUGAAGGAGGCGCCAGAGAGCGGAGGAGAGAAGCUACAGAACGGAGACCGAGGAGGAGGAGGAGCAGGAGGAGGAGCAGGAGAAGCCAUGGCAACGGAAGGAGGCGACCUGUCCUCCAUCAACGCCAUGAUGUCAACCGUGAUGAUGGCGGCAGAGAGCAUCAACGGAGGAGGAGAAGGAGAAGGAGAAAGUGGAGUCACCUCCGCCAACUCAUCGGCCGGCCCGUCGCCAAGCCCCUCCCCCAGCAAGUCGCUCACAUCAGCCAUGAGGGCCCCACCCGGCCGCAACGCAAGACGCUCCCAGGACACCAAAGACACCAGCUCAGCUUUUAUCUGUCCUCUCUGUGACAAGGACUGUCAAUCACAGCACUCGCUCACCAUGCACAUCAGACAGCACAACACAGACGCCGGGGCGAGCGACCACUCGUGCAGCAUCUGUGGGAAGUGCCUGAGCUCGGCCUCGUCGCUGGACCGACACAUGCUGGUGCACAGCGGAGAGAGACCCUACAAGUGUGUGGUGUGUGGACAGACCUUCACCACCAACGGGAACAUGCACAGACACAUGAAGAUCCACGACAAGGACCCGGCCACCGGGAUGCUCCCCAUCUGCCCCCCCACCAUCGCCAAGCGGCGCCGCCCGUCCGUCAAGAGGAGGCAGGGCUCGGAGGAGGAGAACGGGGAGGAGCCGCCCAGCAAGAAGGUGGCGGCGGAGGACGUGGCGGCGGGGGAGGAGUCGGCGGCGGCGGUUCGCGGAUCAGAGGAGGAGCUGCUGCCCUGUCCCAUCUGCUUCAAGACCUGCAGCUCCAGACUGGAGCUGGACGCACACAUGGACACACACCCAGACACUGCACUGAGGUGUGACUUCUGCUGCCUUUCUUUCCGAACUCACCGCGGGUUGUUGCGUCACAACGCGGCGGUUCACAAGCUCCUCCCCCAGGACCCCAGUGGCCGCCCCUUCAUCCAGAACAACCCCUCCAUCCCCACCGGGUUCAACGACCUGGCCUUCAUCGACUUCUCCUGCAAGAAGUUCGCUCACAUCGCUCAGGUUUGGUGCGAGACGAACCUUCGCCGCUGCAUCAGCAAGUUCCACCGCUUCGUCUGUGACGGCUGCGACAAGGCGUUCCCGCUUCGCUCCGCCCUCGAGCUCCACAAAACCAUCUCCCACCACGACAGACCCGCCCCCGCCGACUCGGAGGAAACGGUGGAGAAAGUCAAAGAGGGCGGAGCUGCAAGAAAUGGCGUUGAGACCGAGGGUAUGGAGGGAGAGGAAGUGACUCCACACUCGAAGCAGGCCAGCUUCCUGGAAGUGCUCGGUCUCCAGGACGUUUCCACGGUGACGUCCGGACCCUCGGACGAUGAGAUCCACCAGGCGCACCUGGACAGCAUCAAGGUGAUCCACGUGGAGGCGCCGCGCUCCAGCCUCCCGCAGGAGCCCGCCCCCUCCUUCCUGUCCGGGGGUCUGACCCUCCCUCUCGGGGGUCUCGGGGGGCUCGGGGGUCUGGCGGCCCUCAGCCUUCUGUCCACGCAGCCCUUCCAGACGGGCUUCCUCCUGCAGACUGGGGGGGGCGCCGCCGCCGCCAGCGCCGCUUCGUCCGGCGCCAAACCCAGCGAGGCGGGGGGGGUGGGGGUCAUGGAGCUGGCCGACAUCCAGCAGAUCCUCAAAGUGGCGUCCGCAGCGCCCAAUCAGAUGGGCCUGAGCCUCCCGCCGCUCGCCAAAGCUCCCGGGUUCCCCGGAGGUCAAGGUCCGCCCCCAGGUCCGCCCCCGGCUCCGAAGGCCAUGCCGCCGUUGAAGCCCAAACCUCCCAGCACCCCCCGCUCCAGCCUCACGGCGACCACGCCCCCCCCCCUCCAGAGCUCCCAGCAGGCGUCGCUGGGCUGCAUCAGCCCGGGCCUCCCCCCCCCCAACCCCAACCUCUUCAAGUCGCCUUCCUCCUCCUCCUCCUCCACCGGCAGCGGAGGGCAGAUGGAGGCGGAGUUCAUGGGCGACGCCGACACGCCGUCGUCCGAUUCGCCGCCGGCUGCGACCACGGCCGUACACGAGGAGGCGGGGCUUAGCAGCAGGAAGCCAGGAGCCAAAGCGGGGAGCAACGGGAACGCCGGCUCGGCCAAAGGUUCGUUCCCGUGUCGCUUCUGCGAGCAGGUCUUCUCCUUCUCCGGCGUGCUGCAGGCGCACAUGCGCUUCCACCUCGGCAUCCUGCCGCACCAGUGCAACAUCUGCGACUACGUGGCGCCGGACAAGGCCACGCUGAUCCGACACCUGCGGACGCACAGCGGCGAGCGGCCGUACGUCUGCCGGGUCUGUCACUAUCCGUUCACUGUCAAAGCCAACUGCGAGCGCCACCUCAGGAAGAAACACGCCAAGAACUCCAGGAAGGACAUCGAGAGGAACAUCAAGUACGUGACCUCGGCCACCGCGGGAAACAUCGCCGCCAUCACCGGCACCACCCAGGAGGCGGAGCCGGGCUGCACCGGCGCCGAGACCACCUGCCGGUUCUGUGGCGAGGACCUGAAGACCUACCGGGCGCUGCAGAUCCACCUGCGCACGCACAACGGCUGCCAGAAGAAGCCCUUCGAGUGCCGGCGCUGCGGCGCCGCCUUCCUCGCCAAACGCAACUGCAUCCAUCACCUGCUGAAGCAGCACCCGGAGGUGCAGGAGCGGGAGAUCGAGGAGCACAUCGCCUCGCUGCAGCCCGCCGCCGUGCCCGGCGCCGCCCCUCGAGCUGCGGCGACGACCGCGGUCCUGCUGAACGGGGUCGCCCCCCCGGUCCCGAUGCUCCACGCCGUGAAGCUGGAGGAAGUGAACCUGGUGUUUCCCUCAGACCUGGACCAGCCGCUCGACUUCUCCGCUAAAGGUCGUGGCGCCGGGAGCCAGGUGGGGUCACCCGGGGUCAAACUGGAGAGCGUCUCCCCGACCUUCGACCUCUCGGGCGUGGACCAGCCCAUCGACCUGUCGGUGCCCAGCAAGCGGCCGCGCCGGGAGGCGGAGCCUGCCACGCGGAGGGAGAUCAAGGCGGAGCCGAGCGGCAGCAGCAUCGAGACGCAGCAGCUGGCUCCGCCUCUGUCCAAGGACGAGAAGGUGGGCGGCGCCCUCCACCCGCACCCCCAGCUCGGCUGCUACCAGCUCCCCCCUGGGUCGACCCCUCCCCCUCCCCCCCUCCCCAAUCUCAACAGCUCUGCUCGGACGCAGCGUCUGAAACCACUGCUGCCCAAACCGGCCUCCUCCGCCCCCCCCACCUCCUCCGCCCCCCCCACCUCCUCCUCCACCUCCUCCGCCCCCCCCAGCGCCCUGAAGGAGCUCCCCCCCCUCGCCUCCAUCGCUCAGAUCAUCCACUCGGUCUCCAGAGCUCCAGACCUGCUGAAGAGAGAAGCCGUCUCGCUGGAGGUCAAACCCCCGAGCCUCGCCCCCCCCCCUCCGGCCGAGCCAGCCGGCGACGCCCCCGGCCCCCCCGGCGCUCUGGAGACGCAGAGCGACGACACGUCUGAGGGAUCCUCCAGGAAACGCUCCCGGAAGAAACUGGCGCUGCUGGCGUCGAGAGAGAAGAACGCUGCGGGCGGCGGGGGGGGGGGCAUCGACCUGGAGUCCAGCGGCGAGUUCUCCAGCGUGGAGAAGAUGCUCGCCACCACCGACACCAACAAGUUCAGCACGUACCUGCAGAGCGGCGGCGCAGACCCGGGCGGGAAGAGAGACGCGGACGGAGCAGGAGAGGCGGAGGAGAAGGAGGGAGGAGGGAAGGAGGAGGUGAAGAAAGGGAAGAAGAACGCUUACUCCAACUCUGUGCAGAAGAUGACGUGUCCGUUCUGUCCCCGAGUGUUUCCCUGGGCCAGCUCCCUGCAGAGACACAUGCUGACUCACACCGGUCAGAAACCGUUCCCGUGUCCGAAGUGCGACGCCUUCUUCUCCACCAAAUCCAACUGUGAGCGCCACCUGCUGAGGAAGCACGGCGUGACGCACCGCACGCUGCGGCGCAGCGGCUCGCUCGGCAAGAAGGACGGAGAGGACGGCUCGCACGAGAGCGGAGAGAGUCAGUCGGAGACGGAGCAGGCAGCAGCACACGACCUCAGCGCUGCCAACACCCCCGGAGGCCCCUCCCCCUCGGCCGGGAGCCCCGACCCACUGGAGCAGGAGCUGGACUUCACACAAACAAGCCCCUCCCCCACGUCAAGUCAAGAUUUCAGUUCAACUGAAAACGAGGACGAGCAGGAGGAUUCCGACGUGUCUGACCAGCAGGGGGCGCCAGAGAGCAGAGCAGCUCAGAGGAAACAGCCUCCGCUGAGCAGCACCAAGGCGAUGAGCAGCGACGACGACUGUCACAGCAACAAGAGUCUGGACCUGGACUUCGGGAAGAAGCUCAUCGACUUCAAGCUCUCCACGUCUUCAGGCUCCGCCCAGGAAGAGCAGAGCUCCCCGCCCACCUCCUCUGCCUCCUCCUCGGCGCCCUCGUCCAGCUCCGCCCCCCAGGGGGCCGCCCAGGGCCCGGAGCUGGAGGAGAAGGAGAGGAAGGCUGCAGCCUCCUCCUCCUCCUCCUCCUCCUCCUCCUCUGCUCCUGUGGUGAAGCAGCAGCCGGAGUACAAACACGUGUGUCGAGUUUGCAAGAAGAGUUUCCGUUACGCCACCACCCUCGCCCGCCACGAGAGGGCGCACCUCUCAGAGGAGACGCCGGCGCCGGCACCGGAGGAGGAGACGCCCGAGGCCGAGGAGGAGCCAGAGAGCAACGCCACCAAACCGGCUGAGGAGGAGAAAGAGGAGGAGGAUGAAGAGGAGGAGAUGAGGGAGAUGGACCUGGAGGAUGGAGGAGGAGUGGAGAGCGAGGGGGGGGAGAGCGGGGAGUCGGAGGAAGAGGAGGAGGAGGAAGAGGAGGAGAAGGACAAGGAGGAGAGGAGCGAUGAAGAGACAGAACCAAAGAGUCACGAGGGAGGAGAGACGAGCGGAGGACGAGUGGACAAGAGGAAGAAGAUCUGUAACGUCUGUGGGAAAAGGUUCUGGUCCCUGCAGGACCUGACCCGACACAUGAGGUCGCACACAGGCGAGCGGCCCUACCAGUGUCAGACGUGCGAGCGGACGUUCACUCUGAAGCACAGCCUGGUGCGUCACCAGAGGAUCCACCUGAAGCCCCGCGGCGCCGAGGGCGAGGACGGAGACUCCUGCAGCCCCACGCCCACCUCCACCGGCCCCCCCUCGGAGAACGAGAGCGAGUGUGGGAGCAGCGCCGCCAAGGAGGAGGAGGGGGAGGAGGAGGAGGAGGAGGAGUUGAAGGAGGAGGAGGUGAAGGAGGAGAAGAAGGAGGAGGUGAAGGAGGAGAAGAAGAAGGAGGUGAAGGACGAGGAGGAGGAGGCUGGGCCCGGAGCAGAAUCUGAGGAAGGGGCGGAGUCAGAGCCGACCCCCCCGGUUCCCUCUGAGGAGCCGGAGAACGAAUCUGAACUUUGUGUCGACUCGGCGCCGCAGCAACCCGACAGCAGCACGUCUCCACGGCAACAAGCUACCGACACAAAGACGAGCGAGCAGAAACCAACCCGGGACCCAAACUCCUCCAAAGACCCCGCCCCCUCCGCCUCCAGCUCGCCACCAGGGGGAGCCCUCACCUCCACGCCUGCAGAGGGCGCCACCCAGGGGCUGCUGGAGCAAACGCUUCCCAACGGAGAGCCUCCUCUGGUCGGGGGGGACUGAGGAGGAGCCUCCGGAGCUGCUGAGCGUCACCACAGUGCAUUACCAUGGAAACGCCCUUCAUCACGCUACCGUCACUGAUGAUGAUGAUGAUGAUGAUGAUGAUGCAAAAACCAGCCCAGAAAAACAGUUUUUGAAGAAGCUGCAGCUGGUUUUCUUGAAGUGCCUUACUACUAGUCCUCCUUCUACGAUGUUCUUUGCUAUAUCUUUAUCUGCAUUAUUACGGAGGAUGGAUCUAAUUUUUAUAGCUUUUUACGAUGACAAUGAAUUGCAUUACUAUUUUUUGUGCGGGGAAUCUAUACUUCAGCAAUAAAAAGAAUAAAGUUACGAUUUAUUAUGGUUCUAGAUUCUGUUUGCGAAUGAAUGAUCAACGAGACGGAGCCGUCACGUCGGAGAGCUAGCCGUGAAGAUCGGACAGAACCCGAUGAACUGGACUCUUUUCUUUGGUCCGUCAGCAGCUUUUCAGAAUUCAAACUUCUGUUCACGUGUUUCUGGAUAGAAUCCAACAUGGCGGGGACGCCGCUUCCCCCCGUGUGGCGAACCACGUCUUUAACUGGAAAUCCUUCCUCCGGCUCGCGGCAGAUACACAAAACAUUUAUGAACUUGACAAAGUCAAAUUCUGUGUGAAAGAAAAAUUGUGUUGAUCCUUUUGCUCUUUGUGUUUGUUUGUGUAAUCCUUCACACUUGUGAUCCCUCUGCGUCUCCCUCUGGGUUGUGUUAAUAUUUUCUCUUUCCUAAUCAUUCUCAGUUGACUCUUUGUCGAGCGUGUGUACGAUGUGUGUGUUGUUAGCAGCGAGCUGCAGCGUAGCCACGGGAAUUCUUGUGUUUUGUGGAUAUUUUUUAUAACUGAACAAAUCAAAGGUUUUGUUGUGUAUGUGUGCGACUCCCACCUGUGUCUCAUCGUCACCCCCUAGUGUUCACGUAGGGUAUAUACCAGGGCCUCAUGUGGCUCAGUUUACCUCAAUCUCUGCUUUUAACUGCGACCACGAACAGAUCGGACGAGCAUCGCAGCCUCACAUCCUGUGUCUUCCACCGGGCUAGCACGGCUAAUUCUGUGCUAGCCCGGUUUCCACUGUGGCCGGAGGCGUGGCUUCACACGUCUGAGUUGUUAUGAAUUAGUUUCAACUGCAGCGUCAAAUCCAAACUCUAAAGGGCUGAGUCAUCGCUAGCACGCUUUAUGCAUUUAACUUUAACAUUUGCUAGAAAUUCACAACUCCUGAUAAAAGGGCUAACAGUAGCUUCCAGGUCAAAUUAAUGCUAACCAGGGCUAAUUUGUAGGACCAUGCUAACCAACCUGCUGAGGCCUUCACUGGGUACAUUUCUACAGCACGUUAGCUAGCACUCAUUAGCUCUGUUAGCCUGAGCGUUGUUCAACGGCUAGACAAGACAACAGUUAACUCGUUGUGUAUGCUAAGCUGUCGCUAGCACCAAUCGUUAGCCUGUUAGCUUGUUUUGGGUCCUUUGAAAUCUACUCAAAGCACAAGCGCUUCAGCUAACUGACCAGCGAGGAAUUGCUAAUCAGGCUAACGCUGCAUUAACAGAAGCUAAUAGCAGGCCUAGCUAACCUUCCAGUAUUACCAGUUCCUUUCGUCGGUCCAGGACAACGUUAGCAUGUUUCCUUGUAUUCCAGAGUCUUCAGAGACGAGAACAACUGAUACAAAGAAAACGUGAACUUAACAGUUUAUUCAUUUAGCAUCAGAGACAAUCAGUCGUAUGUUUCCAAUUGAAAACCGAUUUGAAAUAAUGAAUUAAACCUUUCGUUGCUUCUCCAGUGGUUUCCAGGAGGAGCUAGAUGAGUUUUAUGAAAUGUUCCUGGACCAUAUUUCCUCAAACAAGUCAAAGUCGUGAACCUCCAACCCGACACGUCUCCAACCGGCCGAGUCGUCACUGAUCCCGACGUCGUGUGAAGAUGAACAUCGCAUAUUUCUCUCUUCGCACGUUUUCGUCAGUUUAUUUUUAUAUCAAUUAUCGACCUCAUAAGCAAAACAUACGAACCUCAGCGGCUCAAAACGAAAACGUCAGACAGCGACUGUCGGUCCGAGAGAAAGAUCGUGAACAAGCAGACGGGACGCUGCUGUAAACCGGCACUAACGACUUCUACUACUACUUCUAUUCUUCUACUUCUACUACAGUGGAACGUUGUGACGCAAUCAGGAGAGCGAGUCCCCCCCCCCCCCCGUGUUCGCUGGUUGACUUUCACAAAAUCCUGAUGUUUUACCUUUGAAUGAUAAAUCGACUCCGGAUCAAAUAUGAGUUUCGUCAAAUUAUCCUUCGUCCUGUUUUUCUUCGUCUCUUCCAAAGUUUCCCACGAUUUCCCUAAAGUCAAAAUCGUCAGAAUUCAAACCCUCGAACACUCGCGUUAGAAACGUUAGCGUGGAACUGGAAAUGAUAAGAAUCUGUGUUUCAUGUUUGGAGUCGACUGGAUCCGAGAGUUUCACGCUAGCAAGAAACUUCAGGAAUAUUUUUAUACUAUCGUCUAAAACCUGAGAACUUUAAAUGGGAACAAGUGGGCCAUGCUAUGCUAAGCUAAGUUAGCUUCCUCCCUUCUGGCUCCAUGUUGGUUAAUGGAGCAAAUGAAUCGUUUAAGUUUCCCAGCUGGUAGAAUCCUCUCAGAGUCCAGUUGCACCUGAAGAAGAAACACUUCCUGAAUGAGACGUUUCUCCGUGAAGCUCCGGUUCUCCUUCAGUCGACGGUGGAACGAGAACGUGUCUUCACGAGAACUUCAAACCAAACUGGAGCUGAAGCUGCUGGAACCACUGGUUCGUUGAGUCUCAACCUUCAAUGAGUUCUGAUCUUGAUUUGGCUGAAGAAACUUUCCCUCUGAAUUAUUGUAUGUUUGUCCACCUCCUCGGGAAUAUGUGCGAUUGUCUGUGAGUGUGUGUCUGUGUGAGUGUGUGUGUCUGUAUGAGUGUGUGUGUCUGUGUGUGUAUGCGUGCACGGCCAUAUGAAUACUGGAGUUCCAUUCGAAUGCACAUGGACUGUUUUUAAAUGUAUUUAUUUGGAGCCCAGGUGUGUGUGUGUGUGUGUGUGUGUGUGUGUGUGUGUUAGUUUCCACAGUGAGAAGAAGCCAUGUUUUGAAAGUAUCACAUUUAUGCUGCAGAAGUGAUGGUUUGUGUUGUGGCUCCUCCCACUUGCCGUAGCGUCGGAGUGCGACUCGGACGUAGCAAUAAGAAAUCCUGAAUCCAAAAAGCUUUACGUAGAUCUGAGUCGAGACUCCGUCGGUUCUGUUUAUUUUUAGUUUGGAUGAUUUUUGUUUGUGCUUAUUUGUAUUUUUUCUCUCUGACAUAUAAAUGCAUAUAAAACUGUGAAAAUCCAUCGUGUUCAGUUAAGGGUGAGUUUAGGCUACUUUUCUUUCUUGCAUGUUAAUCUAAUUUGUUCAAUUAUGGAUGAUUUCUCUUUUUACACACACACAUAUAUAAAUCUAGAAAUAUAUAUAAUCUCGCUCUCAGGGUCUUUCACAAAUUCAUUAUCACAAAUACUUCAUCUUAUUUCCUGAGUUGCAGUUUUUCCAGGUUCUGAUGAUUUUGUCUUUUUUUUAUCUGAAUGAUCAGAUCUGUCAAUCACUACAUUGAGCACUUGACUGUGAACUCGGCUCCGAACAGAAAACGUUUCAUUAGAGUUCAUCACCGAACGUUUCCUUCUGUUCUGGUUGGAUUUGUUCUGAGCCUCGUCAGUCAAAGGGAGGCGUCGGAGAUGUAACACAAACAGACACACACACACACACACAUACACACACUCACACACGCUGGACCUCCGUCAUGAACACACACUCGUGGUCAUGUGAUUCUCUCUCUUUCCCUGCGAGUCAAACAUGACAGUGUUUCGACAGAUGUAACAACCUGUCCUGUAUCAACCCACUGAGAAAAAGCAAUAAAGAUUAUAUCGUGGAAACGUGUGUGAAUCAAA